UUUUUCGUUUCUUUUGUCAGGAGUGUUCAUGAAUGUGUGUGUCGAGUGAAAAUGUCCAUGUCGUCUUUGAUGCCGUCCCGGUUUCUGUCACUCGUGGCGCAUUUUGUCAUCCUGGUUACCGCUAUGUCUGACAAGAAGGCGAAUGUGCUGGCAUCUCUUCCGUGGGAUUUCACUGAGGAGGAAUGGAAUGGCAAGAUGAGGGAGUUGUCAGCUGGGUUGAUAGUAUCCCUGGUAUUCAUUUGUGUGGAGCUGGUCACCUUCCUUUUUGGAGUCACUAUGUUCUUGCCCAUGCAAUCAGUCAUUUCCAUUUUUUGCCAUGGAGGAGGAGCUAUAACGAUGGGAAUUUUCCUUGUGGACGUGUGGGAUACGUACUGGUUCUGGUGGUCAUUUGGUGUUUUCAGUGCGGUGCCUUUUGCUUGUGAACUGGCAUCUGUGACCAGUGUUUUAUGCCUCUUCAAAGGUACUUGAUGAAUGUUAUGUGAAGGUUUUUACAAUUUACUGAUGAUGGAUUUUUGUUUGAAAAAUGUAUGACGUCCAGGGAAUCCAAUCUAGUCGUGAUAUGUGUUCUGUUUUGUAUUGCCUUGGUGGAUGCAAAUGAAGCUUUUGAGCACCUUUGACUGAAA